AUGGCAAGGACAAAACAAACCGCUCGCAAAUCAACAGGUGGCAAAGCUCCAAGAAAACAGCUCGCAACGAAGGCUGCCAGGAAGACCGCGCCCGUCACCGCUGGCGUCAAGAAGCCACAUAGGUAUCGCCCAGGUACCGUCGCACUCAGGGAAAUCAGGAAGUUCCAAAAGUCCACUGAGCUUUUGAUCAGGAAGCUUCCUUUCCAGAGACUAGUCCGUGAAAUUGCUCAGGACUACAAAAGUGAUUUAAGGUUCCAGUCCCAGGCGGUUCUGGCUCUCCAGGAAGCCGCAGAGGCCUACUUGGUUGGCCUUUUCGAGGACACCAACUUGUGUGCUAUCCACGCAAAGAGGGUAACCAUAAUGCCAAAGGAUGUGCACUUGGCCAGGAGAAUCAGGGGAGAGAGAGCUUAA